AUGUACUUAAGUGUUGAGAAACCUUUCUCACACAUUCUCAUAUCAAAAAAAAAAUCCAAUCAUCAUGAGAACAAGCUAUUGCUAACUCUUUUAAUGGUGGCACUAAUUGCCGUCAUUCACUCAACUACAGCCACAAGUUUCAAACAAGCUUUGGGCAACUACGUCAAUCAACCAGAAAGUGCCUAUUCCUACAAAUUAAUUAACACCAGAUCCAUCACUGGUGCCACCAUCUACACACUCAACGUUACCUCCUUAACUUGGUUGCCAACUUCAGAAGUCGGCCCAGCAAACACUUGGUUCCAUUAUCUUGAAAUUACAAUUCCAAAUAAUUUGAAUAAGAAUAAUCGUGAAAGUUUAUUCUUUAUUUCUAAUGGUGAUAAUAAUUUGGCAGUCCCUGGUGCUACUGAUUUGACUGCUUCUCCAAUUCAUGUUCCUACUUUCGUAUAUGAUACUGCAGUUUCGACUAAAAGUGUUACUGCCAUUGUUUAUAUGGUUCCAAAUCAACCAAUGAGUUAUAAUUCAGAUCCUACUCAUGCUACUCGUGUGGAAGAUGCUAUUAUUGGUUAUGGAUGGAAUCGUUUCUUACAAAACACUACCAAGGCCAAUCUCUUGUAUGUCACUCAACUGCCACAAGUCAAGGGAAGUAAGAUGGCAAUGGAUACUGUUGUUUCCUUUGUUAAGAAACAAGCCAAUCACGUCAUUGAAAAGUUUACAGUCAGUGGUGCUUCAAAGAGAGGUUGGACAACCAUUCUUUUAGGCGCAAUUGACAAUCGUGUUGCUGCUAUUGCACCAAUGGUCAUUCCAGUCUAUGGAACUAAGGAAUUCAUUGUUAGAACUUAUAACAACAUGUGUGCUUGGCCUUGGGCUUUCUAUGAUUAUGUCACUAAUGGUGUCACUGAUCAACUUUUUGAUAAAUCAUUUGAAAGUUUGACAGAUAUUGUUGAUCCACUGAAUUAUGGUAGAUUGAAAUCCAUUCCAAAGUAUCAAAUUCUCGCCUUGGGUGAUGAAUUCUUUGCUCCUGACCUCAAUAAUUUGUUUUAUUCCAAAAUUAAGGGUGAAAAGUAUGUACGUUACAUUCCAAACACUGGCCACUUGAUGCUCAAUACCAAUGUCUUACAAGUCCUCGGUUCUUUCUAUGCAUCUAGAUUGAAUAAUCUCGUCAUUCCAAAGUACACUUUCUCACAUGAAUUCGUCAAUGGUGGUGUAAUUAUUUAUGUCUCAGUUACCAAUGGUAUCAAACCAACAGCUGUCAAGUUGUGGUCUGCCACUAAUCCAACAAGUCGUGAUUUCAGAACUUCCACAAUUGGUGUUGAUGUUUGGCAAUCUACUAAUUUGGUUGAAGUAAGAGAAUUGGAAUGGCAAGCUUUUGUAAGAAAUCCAGCAACUGGUUAUACAACUGCCACCAUUGAAUUGACAUUUGCCAAUGCUGUCAAUGGUGUUGCAUUGGAACCUUUAGUUUUCACAUCCAAUGCUUUUAUUACACCAGAUACUACUCCUUGUAAUAUCAAUAAGAAUAAUUUACCAACUCAUAAAAUGGUUUAA